UCAGAUUGUUGUGACUUAGCUCUAUUUCUCCUCGUCAUGAAGAUAACACAAUGUGUUUGGAGUCGUGACUCACUUAGGGUUAAUACCCUUCAUAGAUAGCUCAUGAUCGAACAGGACAUGCAUCCUUUAUAUUAUCAGGUGAGUUUCAACAAUGACAUAUUGUCAAUUCCACAGACUGAACCUUUACAGGAGGAAUAUCGUCAAUUGUUUCUUGGUCUGUGUUUUCACUCGUGCCCCUGUUGGGGUUACGCUAUAUCAUAAACAGAUAAAGUAGUACUAAGCCUUACCAAGGACCAUGAAGUGGCCAAGGACACUGUCACAUUGACUUUUACGAUGUUACUAAGCUGCCAUGACGGUAGUGUCCUACAGCCAGUCACCAGUGGAUCAUGGAAGGCAUCUGCAGCAUCUUGACUUUAGGAGGGUGAUAACGCUGUUUGUGUUUCUGUGCCAAGUGGAAACAGGCUUGUCGGAUUCCUUUUUGGUCUGAUAUAGUGAGAUUCAGGUCUUCACGAUGGUAGUUCUGGAGAAUUUGGAGCACCUCGGAUCUAGGGGGGAGGAAGGAGACAUAGUUCGUGUUGGCCUGAAUGACGCUGUGGCAUUGAAUAUUGACAGUAUGGACUACAGUGCCAGGGUUGUGGGCUAUCUCAUUCUUGUGCCAUUUAUUUGCAUUUUUGGCAUAAUUGGUAACAUUGUGAAUAUUCUGAUCCUCCACAAGGGACCGUUCUCUGGAGCUGCGUAUGUGUACUUAAAAGGCUUGGCAUUCUAUGACAUGCUGAGUUUGAUUUUCAUUCUGCCAAUUUGUGCAAUCCGUUGCCCAGUGUGUUCUGUGGCAGAGCGCUCCUGGAGUGUUUACGAGGCGUACAUCUAUAUUCCCGUUGGUGACAUAUUUAUCAAGGCCAGUGUUGUGACAACGGUUGUCUUCACCAUCGAACGCUGUCUCAUGAUUUGUUUCAACAAUCAUUUCCGUUUUGAGGUUAAAAAGACAAAGUCGGCCAUAGUAACCGUUUCGCUUAUUGGUUUUUUUUGCACAGUGGAAAACAUUCCAACAUUCUGGAUGUAUCACAUCAGCAUAAAUGGAUCCAUUGUCCAGACUGAUUUUGCAAGUUCAACAUUUUUUGCUUUUUAUGGAUGGCUUGAUGCUGUACUCUUCCAGUUUAUUCCAAUGAUUGUGUUGUUCAUAUUCAAUAUCAUACUAAUAAUCUACCUCAGGAAACAUCGUCUGGUUCAGCGCGACCUUCAAACUCCGACCCAGAUUGCCAAAAAAAAAUACAACCUUGAACAGACACGUAUGAUUUUCUUGCUUAUAGGUAUUAUUGUGUUAUUUUUCUCAACCAUGGUACCAAGUUCGGUGAUGCAGCUGAUUGGCUACAGUAUACAGUUUGGUUCGGAUGUCUUCACCAAGUUUCAAGUCACAACAACUGUUCUCAUAGCAUUAAACUUCUCAUGCAAUUUCCUUUUAUAUUGUGCCAUCAACAAAAGGUUUUGGAUGACCUUCAAGAGGAUUUGCUGCUGUUGCUGCCAGAAUCGAAUUCAUCCGGUGAUGGAUGCUGUUGUGGCAGAGCAAGCUGUUGUGACCAGACUAAGAUUUUCUUAUGCCAGGAACAGGACAGAGUUUUCCAGGGGAGCCAGUGCUUUAACAACAGGGAUGACUCUCACCACUGAUAUUUCCCGAUCCAGGCCAAAUCCAGAACUUGUAGAACCUGUCUCAGAAUGUGAUAAAGAAAAUAGUGACGCGAGUAGAUAGGUGCAGUUUGAGAAGCUGGUUUAGAGAAUCUGAUGGCUUUGUCCGAUGCAGGUAUUUCUACAUCUGGAGCAGAACAGUCCUCUUCAGAACUAUGUGACAAAACUGGACAAAUGUUAUUUGUGAAUGUUUAACAAAAGAACAACUUACUUUCUGCAAUGUGGUUAUUGAAAAGUGAAAGAGAUUCAUUUUUAUAUAGAAUGUUUUACAAGUGAAAAAUGUAUAAUCACACCUCCAUACUGAGACGUUGUUCAGAUACAGUUGUUGUUAUUCAGCAGAGUCCGUUUUAUUGAAUGUGAACACUGAAGGGAACACAACACAACCAUAAGUGGUUGCAACGUGAUGUAACUUCCAACUCAAGAAGACUGACCAUCUCAGGGGUAGUCACUUGGAAGUGAAUUCUGGUAUGACCAAGUCUUGUCCACGACAGGACAUGGCGUUGGAUACCAGGUGUGACCAAGUCAUGUCUAGGACAGUGCGUGGGGUUGUUUACCAGGUAUGACCAAGUCUUGUCUAGGACAGUACGUGGGGUUGUAUACCAGGUGUGACCAAGUCUUGUCUAGGACAGGACAUGGGGUUGGAUACUAGGUGUGACCAAGUCUUGUCUAGGAUAGUACGUGGGGUUGUAUACCAGGUAUGACCAAGUCUUGUCUAGGACAGUACGUGGGGUUGGAUACUAGGUGUGACCAAGUCUUGUCUAGGACAGUACGUGGGGUUGUAUACCAGGUAUAACCAAGUCUUGUCUAGGACAGGACAUGGGGUUGGAUACUAGGUGUGACCAAGUCUUGUCUAGGACAGUACGUGGGGUUGUAUACCAGGUAUGAUCAAGUCUUGUCUAGGACAGUACGUGGGGUUGGAUACUAGGUGUGACCAAGUCUUGUCUAGGACCGCAUGUGGGGUUGUAUACCAGGUAUGACCAAGUCUUGUCUAGGACAGUACGUGGGGUUGGAUACUAGGUGUGACCAAGUCUUUUCUAGGACAGUACGUGGGGGUUGUAUACCAGGUGUAACCAAGUCUUGUCUAAGACAGUACAUGGGGUUGGAUACUAGGUGUGACCAAGUCUUGUCUAGGACAAUGCGUGGGGUUGUAUACCAGGUGUGACCAAGUCUUGUCUAGGACAGUACAUGGGGUUGGAUCUUAGGUGUGACCAAGUCUUGUCUAGGACAGUAUGUGGGGUUGGAUACUAGGUGUGACCAAGUCUUGUCUAGGACAGUACGUGGGGUUGGAUACUAGGUGUGACCAAGUCUUGUCUAGGACAGUACGUGGGGUUGUAUACAAGGUAUGACCAAGUCUUAUCUAGGACAGUACGUGGGGUUGUAUACCAGGUGUGACCAAGUCUUGUCUAGGACAGUACAUGGGGUUGGAUCUUAGGUGUGACCAAGUCUUGUCUAGGACAGUACGUGGGGUUGGAUACUAGGUGUGACCAAGUCUUGUCUAGGACAGUACGUGGGGUUGGAUACUAGGUGUGACCAAGUCUUAUCUAGGACAGUACGUGGGGUUGGAUACUAGGUGUGACCAAGUCUUGUCUAGGACAGUAUGUGGGGUUGGAUACUUGGUGUGACCAAGUCUUGUCUAGGACAGUACGUGGGGUUGGAUACCAGGUAUGACCAAGUCUUGUCUAGGACAGUACGUGGGGUUUGGAUACUAGGUGUGACCAAGUCUUGUCUAGGACAGUAUGUGGGGUUGGAUACUUGGUGUGACCAAGUCUAGUCUAGGACAGUACGUAGGGUUGUAUACCAGGUGUGACCAAGUCUUGUCUAGGACAGUAUGUGGGGUUGUAUACCAGGUGUGACCAAGUCUUGUCUAGGACAGUACGUGGGGUUGUAUACCAGGUGUGACCAAGUCUUAUCUAGGACAGUAUGUGGGGUUGUAUACCAGGUA